UGUGCCUUUAGUGCCGCAACUCUCUCUCUCUCUGAAUUCUAACAUGGUAUCAGAGCAUAAACGAUCCUAAUCUCUUUCCCCUGCGAGCCGCAUUCAAGCCCUUUCAAUAGGUAAUUUCUCACCGGCGGCAAAGUCCCACUUGCCAUCCUCAUUGUCCACCACAAUUCCCACAUUGUGGAACCCUAGAAUCACACAACUCCUCGGAAAUUGUUUGCAGCCACCCUCUCUCUUUUGCAUUCAGAAGCGUCUUUGGCAACAGUGGCGCCCCCAGUGCAUCACGUGCAUGUCAACCACCUUCUUGAAGUACUGGUACGCCAAGUCGCCCGAAUCGGUGUCCAAAAAUGCCGUGACUCAGAUGUGACGAAACCACAAAAUGGCCGUCAUGAAAAUGUUGUUGUAUAUCAUCGUGCCUUUUAUGUUUUUCACCAAGCAAUAAGCGAUUAUCAUGAAACCCACGACGCCCAGCCAAAAAGUGGGGCUUUCUAUGCGAUGGUUCAAGCAAAGAAUCUCGACGAAGUGGCGCCGCCCGGUGCAUCAGCAGGUUCUGAUCUGUCUAGAACCCUUGGUUGCAUAUCUCACAUACGUAUUGAUCUGAUUCCAGCGAGAAAGGUGAUCUUGUUAUGCCCUCCAUGGCUUAUGGGAAGUAUGAUAUUAUCUCUGCAACUCUGGUACUCUCUCCAACUCUCUCCAAUUCUGGCACUCACUGCAACUCCGGCACUCUCUGCAACUUCAGGACUCUCUGCAACUUUGGCACUCUCUGAAAUUCUCUACAACUCUAACACUCUCUGCAACUUCGGCACUCUUUACAACUCUAGCACUCUCUGCAACUCCAACACUCUCUGGAACUCUGGCACUCUCUAGAACUCUCUGAACAUCCAGUUUUUACACGGCAAACUCUCGAUGCUUCUCGGUGCGCCAUUGUGAGUUUGAGGGGGGAUGUUAGAUAAUAUCAUAUAUAGU